UGGAGGACUAGUAUUGAAUGAGAAGCUCUAAGAAAGAUGGGAAAUGCUGUGAGAGGUGUCAUCGCCUUCAUCCCCUCUGAGCGCUGUCAGCGUUUUUUAGUCGGGGACCUGAAGGAGAUGCCGUUGGACCGGACUCUGGACCUGAGCAGCCAUCAGCUGCGGCGGCUGCCUGUUGCUGCCUGUGUCUUUGAUGAGUUGGUGAAGCUUUACCUGAGUGACAACAACCUCAGCAGCUUACCGGCUGAACUGCAGAGCCUGAGGAAGCUGCAGCUCCUGGCGCUUGACUUUAACUCCUUUGAGGAGCUUCCUCCAGCUGUUUGCAGGUUGCCUCAGCUCAGCAUCCUCUACUUGGGCAACAACCGACUGUACCGCCUUCCCAGGGAACUGAGAGAGCUGAAGGAGCUUAAUACUCUGUGGCUGGAGACGAACUGCUUUUCUGAUUUCCCUAAGGUGGUUUGUGAGCUCACAAAUCUUAAAACCCUGCACCUUGGUUAUAACCAGAUACGUAGUUUGCCAGAAGAACUAAAACACCUGGAAGAACUGCGAAGUAUCUGGCUUGCAGGGAACCAGCUGACAGAGUUCCCUCCAGUUUUGCAGGGAAUGCACUUUCUGGCUGUCAUUGAUGUGGAUCGGAACAAAAUACGUCACUUCCCAGGCCUUUCUCACUUGCAGGGUUUGAAACUCGUCAUCUAUGACCACAACCCAUGUAUUAAUGCCCCGGUGGUAGGAGAAGGAGUCAGAAGGGUUGGGCGCUGGGCGAACAGCUCAGAUGAUGAGCAGGAAAAAGAUGUGACAAAAGCAGUGACUGAGACCACAGCUGAGGUGGUGGAGGGCCACUCUGAAGAGCAGAACAAUAUUAAGGUCAAGGAAGUGACCCCCAGCUGUGGUGAAGCCUGA